AUAUUUAAAUGCUGCUCUUUAACGGAGAUCCUCCUGAUUUUCAGAACACGAAUGGACCGAGGCCGACGUACGUGGGCGCCAACAACGGUAACGCCGGCGGCGCCGGCGGUGGCGGUGGAGGCGGCGGCAGCGGUGGCGGUGGUGGCGGCGGCGCCGCCAAUGCGGGCGGCGUCGGCGUGGGACCCGCGGCCGGCGCGGGUGGCGGCGGUGGUGGUGGCGGCGGCGGCGGUGGCGGCGGCGGCCACGGACUGAAGGGCAACACGGGCGGCGGGCCGCGUGGCGGCAACCCGGUGCAGUACCGCGCGAGCAGCGGCGGUGGCGGCGGAGGCGGCGCGGCCGGCUGGAGCACGGCACCGUCUCACGCGGCCGCGGCUGCGGCAGCGGCGGCGGCGGCCGCGUAUCCGCCUUACCCUACGCGCUACCCGAGCGCGGCGGCGGCGGCAGCGGCGGCCGCCGCGGUCGGCGGCGGUCCUCAGCAGCUGCCGGCAUCCGCGAAUCCCUUCGUCACCGCCACAUACGCGCAGCACGCGACGUACGGUGGACAGCGGGUGCCUACAGCUUCCUCCCCGGCAAACACUAACAGCAGCUCCAGUAGUGCCACCGGCAGUCAAAGCGGAACGAUGAGCACGAAUCUCAGCAACAAUGCUAUGCAGGGUCAGCAAGCGGAGCAGUUGUCUAAAACGAAUCUAUACAUCCGUGGCCUCAACCAGAAUACGACUGACAAAGACCUCGUUAACAUGUGUUCUCAGUACGGAACUAUAACUUCCACCAAGGCGAUUUUAGACAAAAAUACAAACAAAUGUAAAGGUUACGGAUUUGUAGACUUCGAGUCACCGAUGGCGGCAGAGGGUGCUGUGAAAGCACUGGUCGCCAAGGGCAUCCAAGCGCAGAUGGCGAAAGUGGGUAUCUGGUUGCUCCGUAGACUGGACAGUGUACGUGGUUGUGCAUGCAAGUACAGACAACAGGAGCAGGACCCCACCAAUCUAUACAUCGCCAACCUGCCGCUGACCUUCAAAGAGAACGAUGUCGAAGCAUUACUCGCUCAAUACGGACAAGUUAUCUCUACCCGUAUACUGCGCGACACUUCCGGCCAGAGCAAAGGAGUUGGAUUUGCAAGAAUGGAAUCAAAGGAAAAGUGUGAACAAAUUAUCCAAAUGUUUAAUGGAAAGGCACUAACGGGCGCAAAGGAUCCAUUAUUAGUUAAGUUUGCUGAUGGUGGAAAUAAAAAGAAAUCGUUGUUUAAAAGUACAAUAUGGAGAGAAACUGGAGAAAACAUGACUUUGAAUUACGACACGAGCGGCGUUGGUCAGAAUGGCGUUGCUACGACUCACAUGCUUCCUGCGACAGCUUUGACACAAUACAGCCGUCACUACAGUCAGGCAUUACCUGGCUACAGUGUGCCGGGCACUCCCUGGGUGGCUCCUUACCUCGUGCAUCCUUCCCCGCCACAUAUGCAACAGGUUGAC